AUGUAUUUUAAUAAAAAUUUAACACUAGUAUUAUUUUUAAUAAUAGUCGAAAUUAGUUUGACCCUUGGUUAUCAAUAUAAAUAUGUCAUUCAAAAUGAUUGUCCAUCACAAUUUCAUUUUUUAGAAUCAACAAUUGUUAAAUCAAAUUGCGAUGUUCCAUUUAAUGGAAAUGUAACCUAUACAAUUCCAAAUGAUGGUACUGGUGAUAGAUCCGCUCCUGUUACAACUUCAGGUCGUUGUGGUGCAGAAUACACUUUAUUCGAAGGAGGUGUAUCAGAUUUUAAUGAUAUUUUAUUUGUAGAUAUCUCAAAUAUUGAUGCAUUUACAGCAGGUUUAAAUGUUACAGCAUAUUAUAAUGAUGGGUCAUUAAAGAAUAUUCACUGUUGCUCAAAUUGUCCAAAUACUACCGAUAGUCCAAAUUGCUAUGGUACUGGUAAUUAUUGGUUCCCAACUGAAAUUAGUGGAUAUGGUACUGCUGGUUGGAGCACAAAAGAUUUAAACCUUUUACAUAUCCAAUGGAGUUGUUUGUCUGAAGAAGAUUUAAAUGCCUGUAAAGAUGUAACAUGUUUACAUGACAGUGUAUGUAUGGGUGGUAUGAGAGCCCCAGAUGGUGUUAAAGGCUUAUGUCUUUGCCAACCUGGAUAUCAAGGAACAAGCUGUGAAUUUAAAUCUGACUAUACUCCAUGCUACGGUGUUAACUGUGGUUAUUAUGGUGUUUGUAAUGCAACAACUGCAUCUGCUGGUGGUAAAAAAUGUUCUUGCUUAGAUGGAUAUACUGGGGAACUUUGUGAUAAACCUCCAAAAGAUUCAUCAUGCUAUAAUGUUAAUUGUGGUCCAAGAAGUAUUUGUAAAAAUGGUAAAUGCGAAUGUCAAGCUGGUUCAUCAGGUUGUGGUUGUUCAACUUUAGGUAAUUGUACAAUAAUUAAUAAUUUAGAUUACCAAGGUAAUGAUCUCCCAUCUGGUACUUUUACACUAAAAAGUCCAGAAGAAUGUUGCUCUAAAUGUCAAACUACACCACUUUGUUAUGCUUUUACUUUUGCUGGUGAUCAAUGCUAUUUGAAAUCAUCAGUUCCAUCAUCUGGUGGUUCUGUUGCCAAUGGAAAAUACUCUGGUUAUCUCCCACAAACUACUACCACAGACGAUUGUGUUGUUGUAGGUAGCUCUAUCAAAAUUGUAUCAUCAUCAUUAUUACUCUUCAUAGUUUUAAUAUUAUCAAUCUUUUUAUAA